UUCUUCCCUUGCCAAAGCCAAUGGCAACGAGGUAACUUCCCAAUUCGCUUUGUUCUCAUCACAUUCACAAAUGGUGCUAUAAAUUCGGAACAUUCCCAACUUCAUCAUCUUGCAAUAACAAAAUAAAGAGAAAGAAAUAUACGAGAGAGAGAGAGAGGGAUUGAGGGGGAGAAAUAAAAGAAAUUCUUUGGAGAGAAAUUAAUGAGGCCUGCAAGCAACUCUACUGCACCUGCUGUACAUGCAGGAUAUCAAGAUGGGAAUUCUCCAAUCCCUUACCUCUUUGCUAGUCUAGCUUUAAUGUUAGCACUCAUUGCUGUGUCAUUGAUAAUUCUAGCUUGCUCUUAUAGAAAAUCAUCUUCGAGUUCGUCUAGUGAUCCUGAGGCUCAAGAGAAAUCUGUUAAACAAGUUGAGAUGAGAGCAGAAAUGGAGCCGAAGAUUGUUGUCAUCAUGGCUGGUGAUGAUAACCCUACUUAUUUGGCCGACCCAGUUUCUUGCAAUUGCCAAAGUGAUGAACAGGUUUAGUGUGAUCAUGGUAUGAUUAUGCUGGAAGUUCAAACCUAAAUCUAAGCAAGCUAAAGGUGCCUUUCGGAAAGAGCUUUAAAGGCGACGCAAAUGAUAUUCCAAGAGCUACCUAUUUCCAAAGGGAUCAUUCCUUUUAUAUUUCUCCUUUCCCCCUAUUUUUUAGCCUCUUAUUCUUUUGCGUGUGGGAAUUUGAGGAAAGUGUGAACUAAGUAGAGGACACUAUUGAAACAGCGCAAACGUUAUAAGGCUUUGAAGACAUGAAAUUAAAUUAUUUUUUUUGUCUCU